CUUAUGAAAAACGUCUCUAUAUGCGUGUGUAUAAUGCUAGCAAGAAGGGACACGUCGUUAACGUUACAGUUAACAAGCUAAAGUAAAGCUAAACUCGUGUUAAAACUAAUUCAUCUACAGCUCCCUCUGGCUUGUCAACCACGUUGUUUUUCACCGGGUGCAGUUUGUUUGGGCCGAUGAAUGCGAUCGUUGAAUAUCUGGUUUAAAAGCGAGUUAGUUGUCUUUACUGUGACAUUGAUGGUGAGGCUUUUGUCUGCAUGGAGCUUUUUAUUUGCUUGUUUUAUUGCAUCCCAUAUUUGUUGGGAGGUUGAACUGUGGGAAUUGUUCGGUAAAUGAUUGCAGUGGGUUGUUUAUGUUUUUAUGGGUGCGUGAUUUUAUUUUCCUGUCUUUGUACUCCGUUUGCUUUUAGCCUUUGCAUAGUUUCAUGCUUGGUUGCUCCUUCGUAUCUUCCAUUCGCUGCUCCUCUAGUCGCUCCUCGCUCCUCGGUGUCAUCAUGGACUCCUCACCAGUCCUCCGCCAGCAAAGUCACAACAAAAUGCAUCGUGACAUCAUGAGAGCAAAGAAUGAACAAAACAAAAUGCCGGCGCACCCCAAACCUUCCAAACUGCUCUCCGCACCUCACCUGUCCAAGCAGAACAUUGAGAACCAGGUUCCCGGACCCUCUGAAAUCGGUGGAAAGGCUCCUGUGCGACCAGGCGUCAGUAGGCUUCCGGUGCUCGCAAGGUCCCUUCAUCUCCCGACGCCGUCCGACUUCAGUCAGUCUCACUCUCGGUGGGAGGCGAAACCUCUGGCUGGAAAAACUAAGAAGAAAAAGCCAUGCACCAGGCCUGUUCCUUUCAACCUGUCUCAGCCCAAAAUAUCAAGAGUGGCCACUGAAAAUCAUCCAACCCUCUCUGUUUCUAAAUCCAGGACCGGCACUCAUGCCGUCCAACCUGAUAAAAAUGUGUGCAAUGCUCGUCUAAAAACCCCAAAGCCCCAGCCAGCCUUGUUAAACCGCGGCGUGGAGCCAUCCAAAGGAACAUCUAAUGGAAAGGCUGAAGAAAAUCCAUACAUACAGACGUCAGGACACUCGUGGCCUACGCCUUCAGCCGUUUCAUCAAAUACUUUAUCGUCUAUUCCCAAUAAUAACAUGCAUCAGACCAGCGCCGCUUCUUCUGCACCGCCUGCUUCUAGUGCAGAGGCCUGUUUGGACACCAUGAGCCUGCUCAGUCUCAAAGAUCCAGUCAGGACCCUCCAUGCGUGCCAGAACGUGCAGCCGACCACAGAGGGCGACAAAGGGGAAAACUUUCAGUCUGAUCAUGCAGCUUUACUCAGUGUCCUCCGGAACGAAGGAGUACGAGCCACAGAUGUGGGAUCUGCAACUCCACAGUCCAAUGCCUACAACUACUUGCCCCAGCGAGUGUCCGUCAUGAAGAGUCGACAAAAAGCUGGAAGCACUACGGGAUUAAUAAAGUCGAUGCAGUUCUCCCCAGACCCUGCUGCUCUGCAGAGCAUCCUGCAGAACGAGGGAGUGAAGGGUGGAGGGCCUGUUGGUGCCACUCCCCGAAACUCCACCUGCCCAUCGGGCAGAGGAACUUCAAUCUACACCGCUCAAAGAGUGCCGCUCAGAAAGAAUCGCGCAGAGGCGACCGGAGGAGCAGCAGCAAUAGCGGUCAAAGAGACUCCACUGAAGACAUGGACUCCACGGAGGGUCCGCGACACCAGGCACCAGCCCAUGUCUGCGCCGAAGUGGCUCCCGUCGACACAGCAGUCCCCGUACGCGGCCACUCCCGGGCUGCGGAGCGGCAAAGCCAACAUCCGGCCGCACCAGGAGCAGGAGAUUGUCCAGAGGUUAUUUGAUGAUCAAGAGGAUGAGCAGACCCCAAAUGUGACGGAAAAAGAUCCAGAGACACAAGCGGAGCCGAUUCCGGCUCAAGUCACAAUUACUAGAUCCCACUGUGCAGAGAAGCUGGAGGUGUGCGGCGUCGCUGGCAUCGAGGUCCAGGAGGAUCAGCGGAGGCUUGUGGGAGGACAGACGUUCUUCCAGGCACCGCACAGAGAAUCUGUCAUUUUCUUCUCGACGGGCAAAACUCUAUCAAAAGCGCCAAUAUUUGAGAAGCAGGAGAGCUCAGCCCGUCGCAAGCAGCAUGACCCGGCGCUGCCGGUACACAAAGAGGUUCCUCCUGAGUCCGUGCCGACCUGUGGAAUCGAGCCUCCUGUUGCGAGGCUACACAGAGACCUCGUUGUCCAGAGGAUUUGUGCUCCGUCUCCUGCCGUGGCGAUGCUGCGUAGGCGCUAUCCUCCCCUGGAGGAGCUUCUCAUGGACGAGGAGGUGGCCUCCUUCACCUCGGUGUCCGUCGCGGCUGCUCCCGGUUUUCUCCCCCUUCGGCCCCGCUGUGGAAACCCGCUGGCGUCCACUUUGACCUCCAAAGAGGCCUUUACAUUUGUUCCGAUUGGUUUCAAUCCCUCGCCCGGCGGUUUUCCUCCACGGAGCUGUCCCCUGCAGGAAAGAUGACUUUGCAUUUUGUCCAACACUGUUGUUUCCAGCCUUAAUACAAGUCCAAAGAACUCUGCUAGAAUGGAUUUUGUUUUAGAAGUAUUUUUAGAAAAUAUAUAUUUCUGUUCCCUUAUGCAUCUUUAAUACUGCAGGCGCUUGUGUAAACAAAAUCGAUGCACACUUAUCAGAAACAAUGUUUGUUAAAUGUAUAAAGAAAUCAAUGUUAGGAGAGUAAAUGUGCUUCUCUUUGUAACUUAUAGUGUAAAUUAUAACACCGUAGUAUACUUCUAGAUGUGCAUGAAUCACACCAGAAUCCUCUUGUGUGGAUUAGAAAUGAUGUUCCCAAUGUACAAUGUUUAUAAUAAAUAUAUAUAAAUAUGGCA